GGAACGAGAAGAGGCCGGACAACCGGUAAGGGCCGGGUCCCGGGGACUUCCUUUCCGCACACACACACACGCACACAUACAUCCCCAUACGCACGCGCGGGGGAGGGGGUGGUGAUAUAUACGCGCGCACAUUAAGCGGAGAAUCAACCGAUUUUCCGCAAUACAAAACCGAUAGAAACACCACGACAUGCGACACAGUCUGCCUCGCAACAGACAGACUCACGCACGUACAUCGCACAACCAAGCACAGCUCAGAACUCCAAACCCCUUUCCAGCUCCAAAAUGACGCCAUCACCGAACCGGAGGCUCAUCGGCCUCUCAACCAAGAUGUACUUCCCACUCCAACGCACCCUGGACUUCAUCGCCGCUGUCCAGGGUGAGCUAAAGUCUCUAUCCCCUCAGGCCCUCGACAACGUCGACAUCUUCUUCAUCCCCGAUUUCGUCUCCCUUCACCCCAUCAACCAGGCUUUGAAAUCCUCUCCGGUUCCCAUCCGACUCGGGGCGCAGGACUGCCACUGGGACGACUUCGGCGCCUUUACUGGGGAGGUCAGCCCGGUCGUCCUGAGCGAGACGGGGGUCACCAUCGUAGAGGUCGGCCACGCCGAGAGGAGGAGGCUCUUUGGGGAGACCGAUGAAGUCGUGGCGAAGAAGGCCGCCGCGGCCAGUCGGAACGGCAUGGCCCCGUUGAUCUGCAUCGGCGAGAAGACCGAGGGGGAUUUGGAGGUUGCCUUGAGCGAAUGCAAGACCCAGAUCGAUCGAUCUCUGGCCAAUGUCCCCGACUCCGCCGAGGUAAUUAUUGCCUAUGAGCCCGUCUGGGCCAUUGGUGCAAGCCAGCCGGCUAGCGAGGACCAUGUCAUCAAGGUGGUCAAGGGAAUCAGGGCAUUUGAAAGUGUUAAGAAGAGGACGGGCACGACGAGAGUAAUUUAUGGUGGCAGCGCUGGGCCUGGUCUAUUUGAGAGGCUAGGAGAGGCUGUGGAUGGACUAUUUCUCGGGAGGUUUGGGCAUGAUGUACCGCGAUUCCUCAAGACAGUGUCAGAGGUGGCUGCAUUCCAGAACCCUUGAGGAGAUGAUUCUUCGAACCAAAAGACCAAUGGGUAGUUGAACAUCUACCUGCAUUUUUUCGUGCAUCACACUCUAAAGUAGCUCUCUUAUACGGGCAUACGGCACUGGGUCAGAGAAACCUGUUACUUUGAUAGACGUACCAUUAAUUUAGGUUGAUAUUACCGUCCAAUUUGGAGAGAUGAGGCACUAGCCUGGGGCUUCUUAUUGGGCUUAUAGCAAAGCAUUUCUCCAGUGGUGAAUCAGAU